AUGUAUCCGGUGCUGUGCGUGUGGAAUACGAGUAAAGUCAUGUCGCUGAACGUGAACUAUCGCCUACCUGUGACGGAGAACAGCCCCAACUGCACCACCGUGCCCGAGCUCGGCAAGGCCGUCACCUGCCCUGCCAUUUCCAUCCAUCGGUCCUACGGCGUGAAGAUUGGCAAGGGAGUGGCAGAGCUGGGCAAGGAGUGGCAGAGCUGGGCAAGGAGUGGCAGAGCUGGGCAAGGGAGUGGCAGAGCUGGGCAAGGGAGUGGCACAGCUGGGCAAGGAGUGGCAGAGCUAGGCAAGGGAGUGGCAGAGCUGGGCAAGGAGUGGCGUGCCCCGCGACGCACCCGUCUCCUCCACAUGGCACCGUCUUUGGCCCAAUUUACGUGCACCGUCUUUGGCCCAGUGGGCGUGCAAUGGAGCAUGGCCAUGCCGCGUGCAGCUGGACUCACUAACGCUCACUGGAGUGUUUUCUCUCUCUUUUUCUCAUCCCACACGUCGUCUCAAGCUCCCGCAUGCCUCCAAGCUACCCCCUAUCCCGUCUACCUCUCUCCUCCCCAGGGCAACAUCUUUGGGCGAGUGGACGUGCUACGCAGUAUGGACAUGUGCCUGGACUCACUCUCGGUCACCGGAGUGGCUUCCUUUAUAAGGUCGCCUGGGAUGAUCCGAGUGGCCCUGUGUGGGUACGGGCCGGGACUUCUCAAAUCCAACAUUGUCAUCUCCAACAAUGAGGUGUACGGGGUGAACACCCCCGUUGUGCUGCACAGGGGAGCAGAGGGCAUAGCAGUCACCAGCAUCUACAUCCAUGACCAUUGGGUGAACACUCCGAUCCUCUUGCACAGGAGAGCAGUUGGUGUAACCGUCAGGAACAACUACGUGCACGACUUCAUAUUCGCAGGGUUCAAGUGCGGUGCCGACGUGCAUUACAGCUUUGCGUGCAUGCUCUCUCGCAUCAACUCCAACCUUGUAGUUUCCUCUGGGAGGAACCUGAACGGGGAUCACGACUCGGCUGGGAUCUACUUCUACACGCACUGGUUCAGUCCCGGGAACUCGGCGCUGUGCAACUACGUGUUCAACGGCGACCACUGCUACUAUCUGGACCAUUGCACGUCAGGCGUGCUUGUCAGGGGAGGCGCGUGCGUGAAUACGUAUGACGGCAUGAAAGUGAAUAACGGCAAGCGGAACGUGAUAAAGAACGUGGUGAUGAAAGGCACGCGGAGAUCGCUGGGGUGGACGUCGUGCUUCAUAGUGACCGUCAACAACUGCCUCAAAGACCCCGGCAACUACUCGGAGGCCAUGCGCGUGAAAUACUACAACAGCGCCCGCAUCAACCACGUGACUAAUGUAUUCUUUUCCUUACCUCCCCCUUCGUCUCCCUUCUCUCCUCUCCUCUCUCCCCUCCCUCUCUCCCAUCUCUCCCAUCUCCUCUCUCUUUUCCCCCCCUCGUUAUUGUCACAUCCAGCUAUGGCCUUCGAUGAAGGACGUCUGCAAGGAAACAUCGGCCAAUGGCGGCGUGUCAUGUAA